AUGAAAAAGUCUCUAACAGUUUUAAAUGGUUUUGAAACAAAAUCUAUUCAAACACCACAAACUUCACUUAAUUCAACAUCUGUAUUACGUCGUCGUUUUAGUCUUUUUCGUAUUAAACGUCCACAACCACAACAACAACAACAAUCAUCCAUUAAUGAUAUAUCAAAUGAAAAUUCAAAUGUUCAAGCUCUUCAACAAAUUAUUGAUCAAUUGAGACAUGUAAUACACAAAACAAGGUCGGUUCAAACAACGGUUCUUGUUCUCACACGUGUCCCCGAUAAUACAACGCUUGAUUGA